AUGCUGCACGUCAACAUGCUCUCAGGGGAAGAGUUGGCGAAGAUACCGGUGGACGAUUCACAGGACGUGAGGAGCUUGAAAAAGCGCUUGACUCAGCUGCAUGGCUUGCCUCCACGAUUCAGGCAGAGGCUCCUCCUCGAUGGCGAGACUUUGGAGGAUACUGCGAAGCUUGACUGCCCCACAAGUCUAGAGCUUGUCCUCCUAACCUUUGCAGACGUUUCAGAAGAGCAGGCGGACGAUUUCGUUCUCGCAGCAGCACAGGGUUCGACCUCCAAGGUUGAGUCCAUGCUUCAGCUUCCUCAAGACCCGGAGGUGCCUGACUCGCGUGGCUUCACAGCUCUGGACAUGGCAUGUGAAGGUGGCCACGUCGAGGUGGCACGUUUGCUGCUAGAGGCCGGCUUCGACAGGGACCUGGCAAACGAGGAAGGCACAACAGCUUUGAUGAUGGUCUCCCGUAUGGGCCACGUCGAACUCGUGCGUUUGCUGCUGGAGGUCGGUGCGGAAAAGGAUCUUCAAGAUUACUGCGGUGCCACGGCAUUGAUGUUUGCAUCUAGCUCUGGCCAUGGUGAAGUCGUGCAUUUGCUGCUGGAGGAUGGUGUUGACACAGAUGUGGCAGACCACGCCGGCUACACAGCUCUGAUGCUGGCAACUGUUCAUGGCCAAGCUCAGACGGCACGCCUGCUCCUGCAGAACAGUGCCGCUACGGACAUUGCCGACCACCACGGCUACACUGCUUUGCUGAUCGCAUCUGAACGCGGUCUUGUCGAAGUCGUGAACUUGCUGCUGGCGGCCAGAGCCAACACAGACAAAGCAUCCCCUCACAGCUGCACACCUCUCAUUGCAGCAAGUUGUCGUGGCCACGGGGAAAUCGUGCAAUUGCUGCUAGGGGCUAGCGUGGACAAAGACUCGGCAGACAACGAGGGCCGGACGGCUUUGAUGUGUCUGCACGAAUGCCGAUCCGAAUUUGAAAUUGGUCAUUGUGUCGACCAGGACUUGGAAGCCAACGAUGCAGUCGAAACCGCACGUCUGCUGUUGAAGGCCGGUGCCGACAAAGAUCUGGCAGACAAGCGCGGCUACACAGCUUUGCUGUAUGCAUCUGCACGUGGUCUUGUCGAAGUCGUGACUCUGCUUUUGGAGGCCGGAGCCAGUGUGGAUAAAGCAAGCACAGACGGCCACACGGCUCUGACUGAGGCCUGUUUCCGUCGCCAGGUCGAAAUCGCACGUUUACUGUUGGAGGUUGGUGCCGACACAGACCCGGGAAGCCAUGGCGGCACUUCGGCUUUGAUGUUUGCAUGUCAACAAGGCAACGUCGACCUCGUGCGCUGGCUGCUGGAAGCCGAAGCCGAUACGAACUUGGUGGACAGAGAUGAAACUACCGCUUUGAUGAUGGCGGCGGGAGGUCACGACGUCGAAAUCGUCCGUCUCCUUUUGGAUGCCGGCGCUGACAAGGACUUGGCAAACCGUUGGGGGGUCACAGCAUCGAUGUAUGCCAAGCAAGGACGCAAAUGCGCGAUCAUGAACUUGCUGUCAUGA